AUGCUCCUCUUUAAAGAUUCUCUUCGGCUCUUUGAAGUUUAUAACGAUGGGAUCCUUAAUCUGCUAGACAAGUAUUUUGACAUGAGGAGGAAUCAAUGCAAAGAAAGCCUGGAUAUUUACAUCAAAUUUCUUGGAAGAAAGAGCAAGCUGGCCGAAUUCCUGGAGGUUGCACAGCAAGUUGGCGUUAGCCAGGAUGCCAUUCCACAUCUUACUAAGGCACCCCACAGUCUACUUGAAGCGCUACAACAUCAUUUAGACUCUAUGGAAGUGAAAGUCACCCCUUCACCCCAUCACAAUUUACAGAGUGCAGCUGUGACAGCUUCACCACACAAGGACUCGCUUGCAGAUCUUAACUUAGGAAAAAUACCGGCCAAAGGAUUUGACAUGAAUCAACCCUUAGAGACAGAACGUAAUGCUGGAAUGAACUGCCAGUUGAACACCAACAUCUGCAUGCCAGCCACCGGGAACCUCACUCGUGAUUAUUCUUCUCCCUACAUGGUACUGCCUUCAGUGACCUAUCCAUUGAUUUGUGAGCGAGUGCCGAUGUACAGAAUGGUUCCAAGUCCAAUGGGAGCACCUUAUCGAACAUCUGAGCCCACAAUUUGUACCCAGUUGUAUUUAAGGACCACCUAUUCAUCGUGUUCACCUCCAGGAUAUUCGUCUUCAGCUGAUGAAUUGGAGUCUCCGGUUCCUGGAUGCCUGAUAGAAUUUGAGUAUUAGAUGAUGAGAUAAAUUAUCCAAGUUCUGUAUACAAUUAUUGGUAAUUUAUUUGAUCACUAUAAAGAGAACACUUAGAGGUGAUAACAGAUAUACAUAUCUUUCUUUUACACAGACAGCCCAUGUAAAGGUACCCAAGCAAAAAGAUUCAGAUUCAUAGAUGAAAACAUGAUGAUUUCUCUACAUCCUGAACUGAAUCAUCCACAUCUCCUGAGCAUAAUAAAAAAUCACUUGCAAAUGCAAUGCUCUUGAUAUUCUUUCAUUAUUUUGGCGAUAAUGCACUCCAUUUAAAUUUUAAUUUUUAUUAUUGAUAUUUUGCCCUCCAAAAGUAUCAUAAACUGAAUUUAACCAAAAGUCCCUCAGAACACUUUAAUUCUCACAGCACUCCACCUAGUUUCCAUACGAUGA